AUGGCUGCGACUCAGUCAAUCAAGUGUGUUGUCACAGGUGACGGUGCUGUCGGCAAGACGUGCUUGCUCAUCUCCUACACAACAAAUGCAUUUCCCGGCGAAUACAUCCCGACAGUGUUCGACAACUACUCGGCGAGCGUCCAAGUCGAUGGGAACCCAAUUAGCUUGGGGCUGUGGGAUACCGCAGGACAAGAGGACUACGAUAGACUGCGACCUCUGUCGUACCCCCAAACCGACGUCUUCCUGAUUUGCUUCUCUCUGAUCGCCCCCCCAUCGUUUGACAACGUGGCAACCAAGUGGUUCCCCGAAAUCAACCAUCAUGCGCCCGGCAUUCCCAUCAUCCUGGUCGGCACCAAGCUCGAUAAGCGGGAGGACAAGGAGACCAUCGAUAAGCUAGCGGUCAACCGCAUGGCCCCGGUCACGUACGAGAUGGGCUCCAAGUGCGCCGGCGAGAUCGGUGCCUACCGAUACGUCGAGUGCUCGGCCCUCACCCAGCUGAAUCUCAAGUCGGUGUUUGACCAUGCGAUCCGGGCUGUGCUCAACCCCAACAAAGGGACGGAUUCGAAGCCCCCGAAGAAGGGCCCCAGGUGCCUGAUCCUGUAA